AUGGAGGCGACCUUGGACGAUGGCGAACAGGUUUUGGAAAUAAGCAGAUCAGAAAAAACAUUUCCCUCCAGUGAUCCAGUUUUUUACCUCUGGUUUUACCAAAACGCUGAUAAUAUGUGGGAACUAAUGCCUGAUCGCUCCUCAAUGAAUUUUGAAAACAGAUGGGUCUUGAAAUCCGCUCUGAACUUCGAAAGUGAUAGAGAAGUAGUCAGAGAAGUAGAUAGAAAGUUCCAUAGAAAAGGACCAGAAAAAGCAAAAGCAGAUUUGGCAAAAGAGUGUUUAACACGAGUUAAGAAAAAGCGAGAAGAAGAAGACGAUCGUAAACCGGGGCGUUUAGGUAGACAGGGCAAGAGAACAGAUAUGGAGAUAGAUAUAUGA